UAUCGCAUAUAUCGGAGAUUUGCCAGUUCGUUCCUGAAUUUUGUGGUUCAUGUUUGUUCUGUGUCGUGUAGUCCAGCUGCUGCACGAUCUGCUGUCUUUUAGUGUUACUCGACAGCGCUAAGGGGUUUGCUCAUCCUACGGAACUCAUGGCUACUCCGGAGGAUAACGAUCCUGGCAAAGCUCAAGGCAGCGGUCAGCAGCAGCUGUCGGACGUCGAGAAGACGGAGCGUGGCGGCCUCUGGUGGGCGCGGCGUGCGCUCUGGCCGCCGGCCGCAGACGUGCCGGACGCCGUCAGCGUCGCGAGUGACUCCGGCCACAACUCGAGUCGCAGCGAGUACGCCGACCCGGCGACGACCUGCAGCGCCAUCUGGGAGAUGCGCACGGGUAGCGCCCCCGCGUUAGCGGCUCGGCCGGACGCGGCGACAGCGCGGGACGGCAAGGAGAGCGACCAGCAGGUGAGCGUGCGUCGCAAGUUCUGCACGCUGUCGUUCGGGCGGCGACGCGGCAUGGACAAGGGGGCGGCGGCGGCGGCGGCGACGGCCCGCGCGGACGACGGCGGCAAGAAGCGUCGCCGCUCGUGGACGCUCAAGUUCCGCAACCCGUUCCAGCUGCUGACGUCGUCGGACGCGAACACUGAGGAAGCCGUCUGCCCGGCGGCGGACAGCAGCUGCGUGUGCAUGUCCUACACACGCAAGAGGGAGCAGGCGACGACGACGGCGACGGCGGCAGCGGCGCCGCCCGCGUCGAUUUUGCCGGCGCCCCCUCAGGAGCGGCUCGGCACCCCGCAGGAGGCGGGUGCGGCGCGCGACGAACCUCGCUACCAGGGUGCGUACGAGGAGUGGGACUUUGACGACGACGAGCGCGCGCUGCAGCUGAUGGUGGACGCACGCCGCGUCGCCGCCGCCUCCUCCACAUCCGCCUCCGCGGCGCACUACCCGCGCCUACUAGGGGGCGCCGCCGGCUCGGGCGACGGCGCGGAAGUGCCGAGCGACAUCGUCGUGACGUCGGAGACGCGGCGCACGGAGCUGACGACGAUCAACUCGGAGGGCCGGUCGGUGCAGCGCACCGUGCACACGCAGGUCGACUACGCGCACUACCUCGUGCCCGACCUCGCGAAGAUCACGAGCUGCGGCUACUACUGGGGCGUGAUGGACCGCUACGAGGCCGAGCGGCUGCUGGACAGCAAGCCAGAGGGAACAUUCCUGCUGCGCGACAGCGCGCAGGACGACUUCCUCUUCUCGGUGAGCUUCCGGCGCUACGGGCGCUCGCUACACGCGCGCGUCGAGCAGUACAAGCACCGCUUCAGCUUUGACUCGCACGACCCCGGCGUGUUUGCCUCGCGCACCGUCGUCGGGCUCAUGGAGCACUACAAGGAGCCGAGCAUGUGCAUGUUCUUCGAGCCGCUGCUGACGGCGCCGCUCAACCGGCCCACGCCGUUCUCGCUGCAGCAGCACUGCCGCGCCGUCGUCGCCAGCCGCACGACGUACGACGGCAUCGGCCGGCUCGAGCUGCCGCGCACGCUCAAGUCCUACCUCAAGUACUACCACUAUCGUGACCAGGUGCGCAUACGCCGCUACGAGAGCUAGCGUCGGCGCACGCGUGCCGUCGUCGCGGACGUGCGCCGCGAUGUCGUGAGUGCAUUUAAUCGUCACGCAAACCUUCGAUGUUGUAAAUAUAUGUGAGUCGCGUUCGCCGAGAACGUGGCGCGGCGGACUGCUAGCCACUUGUUCGCGACGACUUUGCGACGGAACCACUACUAGAGACUUGUUCGGAGCGGAGCCGCGAACAGCCGAGAUUUGUCUUUGUGUGUGUGUGUGCAUUCUAGCCGUGCUUACUGUUAUACAUGUGCCAUGUUUAACCUAAUAAAGAGUGCAUCUCGUCUCGUUCAGGAA